ACUUAUUAGGUGUCUGAGGAUCUGAGAUAGAAUUGUGGUGUUAUUAGUCACUUUAGAGCAAAUUUCCAUGAGCUUUUAUUACCCCUACUCAAACCCCACUUGCAGUUGCCACUUUGGAAAUUAUUAGGAGCUUCGCGCCACGGCGCCCAACCCAUAAUAAUUGCUGGUGAAUAAUCUUAGAAGAUCACGAGACUUGUUGAUGAGAUGGGACCCACAAGGAAUGGUUGUGAUUGCACUUGGGCCAAACUCCAGAAUUUCCUUUGAGUUUACCAUAUAUCAGGGAGUAAAGUUUCUAAAGAUGAUAAUUAGGGGAGGACAAUGGGAAAAGAAAUGUGAAAUGAAGAAAAGUAGAAUACUGCUCAAGUGUCGGACAAAACUUCCACAAAUAGCCUUUAGAUAUGGAGUAUUCAGUGAAUCAGAUUAAGUUUACCAUAUAUCAGGGAGUAAAGUUUCUAAAGAUGAUAAUUAGGGGAGGACAAUGGGAAAAGAAAUGUGAAAUGAAGAAAAGUAGAAUACUGCUCAAGUGUCAGACAAAACUUCCACAAAUAGCCUUUAGAUAUGGAGUAUUCAGUGAAUCAGAUUACUCCAAUCCUCUUUAAUCCUUCCCCAGAUGGCUCCCUUUUUUUAUUGCUGAAUGAGUGAAUGUCAAUAAAGGAUUUCAGUUUCUGGGCUUUGAACUUGGAUGUUUGAAAGCUUGUAAUCCUCAAAAAGCGUGGCUCUUUAUUACCGGGAGGAAAGUUGAUAAGAGGCCCAGUAGAGUUGAAUAGAGAACUAAGGAGAAUUUGUUUUUAUAUUAGUGGAUUGCCAGUGUUUGGGUCUAGUAUCAUGCUGAAUUAGUUCUUACAAACUAGAUGAUCAUGGAUCAGAACUAUAGGGAUUUAUGUGGCCCAACGUCUGGAAUCAUACUUAACAAACAAGCUAUUCCAUUGUUCCCGGGUCCGAAUCUGAUCAACAAUGUGAGAGUUAGUAAUAAGUUUUUAACUGGAAGUCAUGCUGAUGUCGUACCAGUUUCUAGCCAUUUGAAUUUUGAUGCCCAAGUCCAAUCAGCUGAAGGCGAUGCUCCUGAGGAUCUCGAUUUUAGUGAUGUGGUGCUCAAGUAUAUAAACCAUAUCCUCAUGGAAGAGGAUGUGGAAGAGAAAGCCUGCAUGUUUCAAGAGUCUGCAGCUCUUCAAGCUGCAGAAAGAUCGUUCUACGAGGUUAUUGGGGAGAAAUAUCCUGCUUCCGCAGAUUAUCAGCAUGUGCCAAAGUUAGAUCAUAGUUUUGAGAACCCUGAUGAAAAGAUUUUUGUAGUAUCAAAUGAUUGCUGUGGUUCUGGUGACAUGGAAACACUUUGUCCUGAUUGGAAUUCUGAUCAUAACUGGAAUAGGUUUUAUGGACAUUGUGACACUGUCGAUGUCGUCUCAACUUCUCAAUCAUCCUAUAGUUCAUCAAGCAGCAGUGGUACCAUCAAAGAGGGUCCAAUAGAUUCUCCAGUGAGUACCCUUAGAAUUCCUGAUAUUUUUACUGAUGGUCAGUCGGCUAUUCAAUUUAAGAAGGGGGUAGAAGAAGCAAGCAAAUUUCUUCCUAAUGGCAGUAAUUUAAUUGUUGAUUUGGGGUAUGACGAGCUGUCAGUAAAGGAGCAGAAGGAAGGCUCUGCUAGUCUGAUAGUUAAGGUGGAAAAGAAAACUGCAAAUGAGGAGUUUGUUGAUGGAUCCAGGGGGAAGAAGAAUCCCUAUCAGGAGAGCAUGAGUUUGCACGACGAAAGGAGUAACAAACAAUCAGCAGUUUAUACUGAAUCAACUGUGAGUCCAGACAUGUUUGAUAAGGUACUUCUGUGCAGCGGAGGAAAAAAUGAAUCUGACCUACGUAAAGCAUUGAAUGAAGUAACUAAAAGCACUCCACUGAACGAUCAGUCAAAGGGAUCUAAUGGUGGGAAAAGUGGUGCUAAGAAAAAGGGCGGCAAAAGGAAUGUGGUUGAUAUGAGAACUCUGUUGACCCUUUGUGCACAAGCUGUUGCAGCUGAUGACCGCAGGACGGCAAAUGAGUUUUUGAAGCAGAUUAGACAGCAUGCUACUCCAACAGGAGACGGAAUGCAGAGACUUGCCCAUUACUUUGCUGAUGGGCUUGAGGCACGUAUGGCUGGAUCUGGGACUCAGAUAUAUACAUCCCUUAUUAAUAUGCCUACGUCUGCAGCUGACAUCUUGAAAGCCUAUCAUAUAUAUCUUGCCACCUGUCCGUUUAGGAAGAUCUCCAAUUUCUUCUCGAAUAAGACCAUUAUGAAUGUGGCUGAGAAAGUCACAAAGCUCCAUAUUAUUGAUUUCGGUAUUCUCUAUGGUUUCCAGUGGCCUUGUUUUUUACAACGUCUCUCAUCUAGACCUGGUGGACCCCCCAAACUUCGUGUUACUGGAAUCGAUCUUCCAUGUCCAGGUUUUCGACCAUCAGAAAGGGUUGAAGAGACAGGGAGGCGCUUGGCUAGUUACGCUGAGACUUUUAAAGUUCCUUUUGAAUUCAAUGCUAUAGCUCAGAAGUGGGAAACAAUUAAACUUGAAGAUCUUAAGAUCAAGGAGGAUGAGCUGCUUGUGGUGAACUGUCUUUAUAGAUUUAGGAAUCUGCUAGAUGAAACUGUGAUAGUAAACAGUCCUAGAAAUAUUGUUUUGAAUCUUAUCAGGAAGAUGAAUCCUGCUGUUUUUGUGCUGGGAGUGGUGAAUGGUGCGUAUAAUGCCCCCUUCUUCAUUACAAGAUUCCGCGAGGCACUGUUUCAUUAUUCAUCCUUCUUUGAUAUGCUUGAUGCCAAUAUUCCCCGAGAAAUUCAUGAGAGAAUGUUGCUCGAAAAAACAGUAUUUGGGCGGGAGGCGAUGAACGUCAUUGCAUGUGAGGCUGCUGAGAGGAUAGAGAGGCCAGAAACGUACAAGCAAUGGCAGGUUCGGAAUAUGAGGGCUGGCUUUGAGCAGCUUCCUUUAGACAAGGAGAUAAUGAGAAUUGCAAGAGACAGAGUUAAGUCCUACCAUAAAGAUUUCGUGAUCGAUGAAGAUGGUCACUGGUUGUUGCAGGGGUGGAAGGGACGAAUUGUAUAUGCACUUUCUUCUUGGACGCCAGUUUAUUGAAGGUAAUUCAUUGUGGCAUGAAGAAAGGCCUGAUCACCAGCUAUGGGCCAUGCUGGCUUCUGCAUCACUUGUAGGAUAUGAACAACUUCUCCGUUGAUAACUGAGGUACUGAUCCAUUUGUAGACAUGAAUAUUUUACUGAAACCCAAAAUGUAUUUUAGUUAUGUAUAGAAGUUUUUUCAUUCAGUAUUUUGUUUAGUUAGUGCAUGAAGAAUAAGUAAUGUCUUUUAAGAAUGCUCAUAUGGCUGAUCUGAUGUAUUGGAAGCAAAUUUGCGGAUCCUUAUAUUUCAUGCAUUAGACUGACGUCAA